UUAAAGUUUUUCUUAACUACACAACCUUGUAUAUGUAAACAAUCGCUCGUUGUCCCCAUUGUUUAUAUUCUAGUUGUUUAUGUUUAUUUUUAUGUUUCUAUUAUUAUAAGACAAUUUAAAAAUAUCCGGAAUUAAUGUUAACAUCAUGUUUAAACUUCAAUUAAUGACAGCAGAUAAUUACAAAAAAGAGGGUUUUAAAUACCAAGUCAACUACGCUUUUCAUCAAACCCAAUUUGGCAAAAGUCUCAUAGGAAUUUUAGAUAAUAAAGAAAAAUCAAUUUGCCAUUUAUCUUUUGUCAAUAAAAGUGAAACAACAUCAUUAGAAUCUCUCAAAAAGCAGUGGCCAAAAAAUGAAUUACUUGAAAAUCUUAAAGAGACCACUAAAUACAUAGAAAUAAUUUUUUCCGAAAAUUUCAAAGGAUUAGAAGAAAAUAACGAAAAUGAUGAAGAUUCAAAUUUCGAAGAUGUUAUUAACAUUAUUUUGAAAGGAACAGAGUUUCAAAUAAAAGUUUGGACACAAUUAAUUGAAAUACCAUGUGGCUCUACAACGACUUACGAAAAAGUUGCUCAAGCUAUCGAAAAUCCAAAAGCAGUUCGUGCAGUGGCAAAUGCAAUUGCCGGCAAUUUAGUUGCAUACUUAAUUCCUUGUCAUCGUGUUAUGAGUAAAAAUGGUGCUAAUAAAUACGCAUUCGGAGUUGAAUGUAAACUUAAAAUUUUAAAUUACGAAAAGGAGAUAACAAAUUGAAACUAUUAUUGAAAAAUACCUACCUACUUUUACAUUCUCAUUUUUUGUAUAUAUAAAGGAUUUAAAGAAAAAUAUAUUUAUUAUCAAUAGUA